AUGCUUUGCAGAGGAGCAUCAUACAAACCUUAUAACCGCGAGGUUGAGCAGGAACAUCUUCGAACGGGUAGCCUGCCGUGGUUAGAGGAUUUGCAGCUUAACGUAGUUCUGCUCGGUCCAAAACACGUAGGAAAAACAUCACUGACGACUGCUUUCACCCACGGUGUAUAUCAUAAUCUAGACUUCGAUCCUCACGAAUUUAUCUACGAAACGCGAGAACUGGUGGAUAAUGAAAUUGCUCAACUCAAAAUACUAGACACGAGAACGGGGGAUGAGAAUAAUUUCUGUUUAGAGGACAUGGCUACAACGCUGCAAACAGAGGACAGCUUUGAGUCCGCCAAAAGAUUUCAAAGUCUUCUUCACCAAGUCAGAAAGACAAAAGACGUGCCUGUCGUACUGGUGGGAAACAAAAAAGAUUUGAAAGAUCAACGACGAGUCGGUGUUGACGAAGGACGUGACCUGGCUUUUCAAAUCGGAUGUUCCUUCUACGAAUGUUCGGCUCGCAUGGGGAUAGAACACGUUAAGAAAAUAUUCCACGACAUCGUACGCCAGAUUAGAUCUGUCCAGAAUUUUAAGGCAACUCUAAACCACCGUAAGACAUCAAAAGUCGAGUUAACCAAGAAAUUCCUGUGUCGGUAUUUUAUGUGCCACGGACUAAGACCAACUGUGCGGGACCCCUUCCUCUGAAGCAGAAAUCAUCCAAUGCCAUGCCAUGGAAUGAAACCAGCUAUCCGGGAUUUCUUCACCAUUCCACGCAGUGCCAUGGAGUCCAGCCGCCCGGGAGUCGUCUAUAGAGAGAUCCAUACCUGCACAUUGACUUAAUAAACGUUAUUGGUGUACACUGGUGGUUACAAAACAGUUGCAUUUAACCUAUUUACAUUUUUUUUCGUCUAAAAUAUUAAUUUAAUUGAAGGGGCGCCGUGAUCACUUAGUUAUAACCGCUCGAUGUCUUCUAGUUCCCAGUAUCGCAUGAUGUUCGCUAACAAAAUAUGAUGGGUACGAUAAAAACACGUAUAUACCAUAUGCAUGUUUAUUCCCCUUCCCUAUUAUUGAACAGAGGAACUCUAUUAUUCCCUCCGAAUAUAAACAACACAGCUGCCAUGAUCUCGCGAGAUCUAAAACUAGACUAUCUUUGACGAAUAGUUCUCGCGUGAUUAUUUGUUUCGUUUAAAAAAAGCAAAACUAAAUGGAUAAGUGUAUCCGGACAACCACCGAGUUCUAUGAUUAUGCUAGAAUAGUGCAAUACAAAUGAAAACAAGAUCCUUCCGGAACAAAGUAAUGCCAUACUUCUUCUCUAUCAUGAUCCAUUCGAUAUAUAUGCAAAGUCACUUCAUUAAACAUACGUUUUUAUUUAUUUAUUCUAUGUGAAAGGUUGUCUUAAGAGAACCUCGU